CAUGAUCAGCAGGCCUGAGCAGAUAUCGGUCUCGUUCGCCACUAGAAAAUGUCGAAGGCCUCGUCGUCAACCAAGUUCCGUCGCGUCGAUGUCGACGAAUUGGACGAGGAGAACUACCGAGACGAAACCGACGCCCCGGAGGGCGGCGACGAAGGCGCAAGCAUCGAAAAACGAGAAUCGGAAGUGGAGGGUCACCUCAAAAUGAAGAAUAACAAGGAGGCCCUGCAGGCUGUCAUGCACGAUCCGCCUGUUGCGUCUCGCGAUCAGAAAGUGAAGGAUCGGUUCUUCGCUCUGGUGAUGAGAGUACUGUCGGGUUUCAAAACAAGCGAGAUCGACAUCGCCGCAAAAGGGCUCACACUCGAUCAGAUCGACAUUCUAAUGAAAUACAUCUACCGCGGAUUCGCAGAGCCAUCUGAGAAAGGCAGUGCUCUACUCCUACAGUGGCACGAAAAGGCGUUGGCCAUUGGAGGUCUUGGUUGCAUCGUGAGGGUGCUGACUGAUAGGAAGAAUGUAUGAAGUGAACGAUUCGUUUAACUCUUUCUGAACUUGCUGUUAAGUUUCUAAUCUAAUUUGUUGCUGGAAAUUCGAAGGUCGGAACUCAA